CCCAAAGUUCACACGUUAUUGUUUUAAUAUCGCGAGAGUUAGCGCAGCACCUCACUACGUAAUGUGCCGUGCUGCUUAUGGCGGCGCUGGUGACAGUGCUGAAAGCUGUUGGGUAUGAAGUGAAACCGUAUUGAUUUUUGUACCAUCUGAAACCUACUUCAAGUUCAGAUCAUUGAUCGGUCAGAAGAAACGUCAAGGAAAAAGAAAACAUAACGAACAUCCCCAAAACGACCCCAAGCGGUACAACAACUCUGAAGACAAGACGAAGAACUGCACUGCUGCAAACGAGAAAAACUAAAGCAACACGACACAACCAAAUGAGCAAACCAAAGAUUUAAGAAACAGAACCAGGCCGCAACGAGCGUAGCAACCAGCCAUCACCGUUAACAGCGAAGGCGAGACCUGAUCUGAGACAAGAAGUUUGUGCCUACUCAACAGCUUUGAAAAAGCACACGUCCCAACGCUGCACCAAGCCCUCCUUAUCCUCCCCGCACCUCGUCCUCCUCUGGGGUGUGGAGAGGGCUGCUGUCUGCUAGUCUUUUCAGAUUUUGACCUUUUUCUUUGUCAAUUGCAUACCGAAUCCCUCCCUGAUCUUUUUCCCCUUCCCUACACCCAGUCUUUUUCUUGAUUUUCUGUUCACUAUUUUUCAAAAGCAGUGUUCAUACACCUGCACUUGCCUUUUUGUUUGAAUUUUUUUUGGUAUUUUUUUUCUUCAACUUUUUGUAAUUAGAACGUGUGCCUGAGAGGCGAGCCUUACAAGUGUGUGUGCGCGUGUGUGAGCCAAGUCUUGAACAUCGAUUAAGUGAUUAAUUGGUCCAAAUCAUUACAUCCUUCCAAGACAACAGAACAAGUGUCUCACCUCCCCCUACCUUCACCUGAAGAUGGAGGCAUCUGAAACCCCUGUUGCUGCCCCCACCCACUCCACCUCAAGUCAGCUAAUCCCCCGCUCCGCCUCAGUCUCAUGCCAUGCGUCUCGUGCAUCAGGGGGCAAAAAGCAAAAGCGGACCCCUUUGUAUCAGCGAUCUAUGAGUUUUGACCCCAGUCUGCUGCAUAAUAAUGGCCAUGGUGGCUUUGCCAAUGGAACGAGCAUGGGAAUUCGUGAGACUGGAGUGGUUGAAAAACUGCUAGCAUCAUACGGCUUCAUACAGUGCUCUGAGAGACAAGUCCGCCUCUUCUUCCACUGCUCUCAGUACAACGGCAACCUGCAGGAGCUGAAGAUUGGAGAUGAUGUGGAGUUUGAGGUGUCGUCUGAUAGACGCACCGGCAAACCAAUUGCGGUGAAGCUGGUAAAAAUCAAGGCAGAAAUGUUGCCAGAAGAGCGCAUUUCUGGGCAGGUGGGGCCUGACUUGCACGCCUCUCCUUUAACUGUGCUGCAUGGUUUUAUUCAUCCAGUAGUGUCAGCUAUCCCCUCUCACUUGGACGGGAAGUCUGCACCUGGCCAAGUGCCCACGGGCAGUGUGUGUUAUGAGAGAAACGGGGAAGUGUUUUAUUUGACCUACACCCCUGAGGAUGUAGAAGGAAAUGUUACUUUAGAUACCGGCGAUAAAGUUAAUUUUUACAUGGAGACCAACAAGCACACUGGUGCUGUUAGUGCUCACAACAUUGUAUUGGUAAAGAAGAAACAGUCAAGAUGUCAGGGAGUUGUUUGUGCUACCAAGGAGGCCUUUGGAUUCAUUGAACGAGGAGAUGUUGUGAAGGAGAUCUUCUUCCACUACAGUGAGUUUAAAGGAGAUCUGGAAGCUCUACAAGCUGGAGAUGAUGUGGAAUUCAGCAUUAAAGAAAGAAAUGGCAAGGAAGUGGCCACAGAUGUGAGACUGUUGCCUCAGGGCACCGUUAUAUUUGAGGACAUCAGUAUUGAGACUUUUGAGGGAACUGUCAACCAGGUUAUUCCCAAGGUCCCCAACAAGAAUCAGAAUGACCCACUGCCUGGGCGAAUCAGUGCCAGAAUUAAUUUCACUGACAAAGAGCUGCUAUUCGGUGAGAAGGACAGCAAGUCCAAAGUGACGCUGCUUGAGGGCGACCAUGUCCAGUUCAAUAUAUCCACUGACCGUCGUGACAAACUGGAGAGAGCCACAAAUAUCGACAUCCUCCCUGAUACCUUCCAUUUCACAAAGGAGGCCCGUGAAAUGGGUGUGAUAGCUGCCAUGCGUGAUGGUUUUGGCUUCAUCAAAUGUGUGGACCGUGAUGCCCGAAUGUUCUUCCAUUUCAGCGAGGUUCUGGAAGAGAGCCAGCUGCACAUUUCUGAUGAAGUGGAAUUCACUGUAGUCCCUGACAUGCUGUCAGCCCAAAGGAACCAUGCAGUGCGGAUCAAAAAGCUGCCCAAGGGCACAGUGUCGUUCCACACUCAAUCUGAGCUGCGUUUUAUGGGAGUGGUGGAGAAGGAAGCUAUGCCUGCUACAACCAACAAGAACUCCAGCCCCAGCAAGGUCAAAGAGAAGGUAAAAGUUGAAAAGGAUGCAGAGGAAGGCUUGAUUGCAUAUGAAGAGAGUGGAGUGAAGAGCACUAUUCCCUACUAUUUUAAAGACCUGGAGGGAGGCGCUUACCCACAGCUUGGAGACAAGGUGGAGUUCUCCAUCAGUGAGGUGAAACGCACCGGACAGCAAAGCGCUGUGUCCCUCAAGAUCCUUAAUCGUGCUACUGGCACCAAGAGGCUUCUGGGAUACAUAGCCACACUGAAGGAUAACUUCGGCUUCAUAGAAACAGCCAAUCAUGAUCAGGAAAUUUUCUUCCACUACAGUGAGGUAUGUGGGGAUGUGGAUAACAUGGACCUGGGGGAUACUGUGGAGUACACUCUCUCCAAGGGCAAAGGAAACAAAAUCAGUGCUGAGAAGGUCACCAAAGUUGCAGCUGUGAAUGGAGUAGAAGAGGAUGCGAGUAAUACCAUGUUCCUGGGGAAAGUGGUUCGGCCCUUGCGCAGUGUGGACCCCUCUCAGAAUGAUUAUCAAGGCCUUAUUGAGAUCACAGAGGAAGACACUUCACCAGGAGUCAGUAAGGGUCAGAGUUAUCCAUUCGGCAUUGUUGGUAUGGCCAAUAAAGGUGACUGUCUGCAAAAGGGUGAGAUGGUGAAAUUUCAGUUGUGUACAGUGGCCCAGACAGGACAAAAGAUGGCCUGCAACAUUGUGCCUCAGCGUAGAGCCCUGGUGGAAUCCGUCAAAGAUCAGUUUGGUUUCAUCACGUAUGAAGUUGGAGAGAGCAAGAAGCUGUUUUUCCACGUCAAGGAGGUUCAAGAUGGCCUGGAGCUCCAGGCCGGUGAUGAAGUGGAGUUUUCAGUUAUCCUGAACCAGCGGACAGGCAAAUGCAGUGCCUGCAAUGUUCGCAGAGUCAGUGAGGGUCCAAAACCAGUAGCAACACCUCGACCUGAUCGACUGGUCAAUCGCUUGAAGAGCAUCACUCUUGAUGACACCAACGCCCCCCGUCUUGUCAUUAUCAGACAGCCUCGUGGCCCAGAUAAUUCAAAGGGCUUCAAUGUAGAGAGAAAAUCCCGCCAACCUGGUGUUACUGACUGAGUACGGUUCACUCCUCUUCCUCCUCCUCCUCCUCCUGACUAUGGAAGAAACACCUUGAAGAAAAGCAAUCAGACAGAGGGCAGAGGAAGGGAGCUGUGUUUCUCUUUUCGCUCUCAUUUUAUCUCUCUCACCCAUAAACACAAUUCAAGACUUGAAAAUUGGCACACAAAAUUCCUUUUAUGUCAGGAUCCCUUGCAAAAAAAAUCUCAUCUCAUUGUCUUCAUUGUAUGUGUGUAAUUUUUGUGUGGUUGUAAUUUGAGCAAAACCCCUCGUGUUAUUCGAGCGUGUGAAUGUGGUAUGCAUCAUGUUUGGAAAGUAAACUUGUAAGGUUAUGCAGAGGAUGUUAUGGGAAAGGGUUUCAUAGUUCUCAGAUCUUUGAUUGAGAUGUGGGCACUGCUUGACCUGUUUUUCUGCUGAAAUUGAAAUGCCAGGAAUUCUGCACCUGCUGCUGUGUGAGUGAGUUAUUGUUUUAGAGUAGCUUUGCCCUGUCUGUAUUUGACUUCCAUUAUAUAUACUUUAUUCUUCCUGUAUCACUUGAAUUCUUCCCAUGUUGAGUUUUUCACCCAGGUGAAGUUGAGAUAUUGCUAGGCUCUUUCUGCUAAGAAAUAUAAUGACUUUGAGGUUCUUUUCACUCACGAUUUCCAUACCAAUUCCAUAGGUUUUAACAUGGAUCUGAAAACAUAAUAAAUUCUCUGCGCUCAGAACCAGAUUGUGUAUGGUUUUUGAUGUGUGAAUUACUAUUUUUGGUUAUUUUCACAUGCUCCAUCUGUUUAUGGCAAGUGCAGAAUUCCUAAUGGCAUCUUGUAGCCUGCAGUCUUUUUUUUUUUUUUUUUUUUUUAUAUAUAUAGCCCUUCUUUCUUUGCACAUGUAAUUACAAUUUUUCCCCCCCUUUGUGUUCUACUUAAUGUCUGCUAAUGAAAUAAGAAAAAGGUGCCUAAAAACAAACAAAAAAAUAAAUAAAUGAGGUCUCUAUUCCCGAACAUCCACCAAAAUAUAAGAGCAGUUAUAGGGUGGUGUGCUAUCCAACCCCCCACAGUUAUAGAAUACAGGUGUGCAACCGCACCCCCACCCCUCCCAUUGGGGGUUGAAAUACACUCAACGUAUGCUUUUACUUGGUUGGACUUGGACCUGAAUAAUAUAAGCAAAUGUGUCCAGAACAUGAGAAGUGGGGGAAAUGUAAUAAGCAAAAUUUAAAAACAUUCAAAGAAAUUUGAUUAUAUGAAUAGAGGCUAUUUGCAGUGCUUCUUAUGACAUAUGGAGCUAUUACUGUCUUGAAUAUUCUCUGGAGCACCCUGGGUUUGUGUUGAACCUUACGGUUCUCCUGUAUACUUUUGUUAAUGGUCUUGAAUGAAACCAUUGAAAUAAACAUUUUAUGAGAAUCAAAGGUA